AACGCGUUUUGCUGCGAAAAAUUUAAAUUAAAAAUUUGCAAUUUUAAUUAAUUAACAAAACCGUAAAGUAACAAAGACGAAAAUAGGGUAGAGCAGCUGAGCCUAGGCGAAUUUUAAGGCAUGCUGAUGCAUCCAUGAUAAAAAGUCAGAAGUAUAGCAGUGAUAAAGCAAAAUAAAUCGAUAAAAAAAUAAAGUAGUGAGGCAAAAACAAUAAAAUCAUAUAUAAGCGAGGUGAACGCGAAAGAGGCUUAUAAAUAGCAAAAUGGUCACUUCAUGCCUUCUGCUGAGCGACAGCUGCGACUAUCCCAACAACAACGGCGCUGUCAAAGUCCGAGUGUGCAGUAGCGGCGUCGACGAGCAAAAAAGCGAUAAAUUCACCGAUAAAUGCGCUAUUGAUACACACCAGCGAAAUAAGUCAGAUUGUGAAAUGAGAAAUAAAAUAAAUUUGACCAGUCUUCGUGUUCCAUUGAUGGGCCUUUUGUUAUUGUUGGUCAUGGUCAGCGCGCUUGCUAGCGCGGAGGGGGCCGCAGUCUACUCGAACAUCAACUUCCUAACGAAUCCCAAAUUCGAGCAGAUCUGCAGCGUCCAGCAGGAGCAUUACAUCGAGAGCGACGGUAAGGAAUCUAGUCUAAUACUUGAAUUUGCACCCGGAGUUUUAGCCGAGAAGCGGCAUCUGUGCACGCGCAUCCUCAGCGCCCCCGCCAACUAUGGUUUCAUCGUACGCCUCCUUUUACCGAAGAUACGACGCAAUCGCCAUGGCGCCACGUCCAAAGCCAAUGCAGACGAUGUUGUCGGACCGGCGAACGGUAGCGGAGGAGCAUCGGGCACAGUUACAGCAGCGGCGACAGCGUCGGCAGAAGCUGAUGGCACGGAUGCAAGCUCUGGAUCGUCUGGCAGUGUCAUGCCCGCUUUCAGCGGCAUGACGUCAUUGAUUGACAAAAUCAAUGCAUCCGUUAGCAAGUCAGCAAAACCGACGAGAUCGUGCCCGCUGUCGAUUUUCAGCUCUAUGGACUUCCACACGCCGCAGUGGCGACUCGACCCUUGUCAGCUGGAGGACACAGCACCAGAAAUGGAUGAUCCCGUUCGGCUGUUUCAUGGGCGCGUUCGCAUUGUCUGGGAGCACGGUCACCACAAGCUGUAUUCGAAAUUGAUGGUCACCGCCUUGGGCAAGGGCGAACAGUGCCGCAGUGACAAGAAGCAUCAAUGCCUGAGAAUCGGUGACGAACCAAUUCUCUGCAUUUCUAAAGAUCUCGUCUGCGACGGCAUUCGGCAUUGUCCGGUUAGCAAUGAAUACGAUAGCGAUGAGGACAACGAAAUGUGUUGGAAGCGCCGGCGCUACGGUGAACCAAUACCCCCCGCCAUGGAGACCGACAUUUUCGAACACUUUGCUUUGGAGGUUUUUCGCAAUUUAUUUGCCUUUGAUGUGCCGGCACAACGUGAGACAACGACGUUGGCAACCAUUGCUGCAGAUGUAGCGUCUACGAAUGAGGGUGUCGCUGGCAGUACGAACAGCACCACAUUGCGCAAAGUGGAUUCGAAGCAAACAGGUCAGUCCGGUUCGAAUGAUACAAGCAAAGUCGCGAGUAACGCUACAAUGACUACAGCGCAAGCCGAAACGAAUACCACCGAAAGCUCUGGCGGCCAUCACCGUCGCAAUUCGACACGAUCUGGCCUCAACUCGGAUCUCUCGAAGUACGGCCCGUGGGGUUAUCUCAUGCUGGGCAUGCUAUUGUGCGGUGGCGCCUUGCUGAUUUGUGGACUUUGGGCCUCCGCCUCCCAGCACGCGACGCAGAACGAACGCGAAUCGGCGCUACAAAGUAGUGCGGCUGCCGCAGCCGGUGAUCUUCAGACAGGCAGCGCAUCCCCACCCAACUACGAGGAGCUCGAUCCGCCGCCCGCCUACUCGGUACUCUUCCCCAACCAAAAGGCGGCUUCCAGCACAACGCUCAGCUCCCUGGGCGCUGCAGCGCUAAUGCCGCCGACAAUAGCCGCCGUCGCCGUAACAACGCCCAAUGGCACAGUGAUGACAAUGUCCGCCGCAGGAGACGGGGCUGCAGCGCCCUCUGCAGCAACAGCAUCGACAACGUCCGCGGCAGCUUCCGUCGCGCCAGCAGCUAGCUCUACAACAACGCGAGUGCAGCUCGAGAGUGCAACGUGCAGCUCGCAAGCGCACUGAUGACAACUGAGAGCCCGUGUGGUACCUGGAAAAGCGACGUCGCCUAAUAUUACUAAAUACUAUAGCGUAGAGAAGAAGUUUUUCUGAUUUUCCAAAAAAAACGACUGACUUUUUAGUUCGAUUUAAGGUUUAACUUAGAUAUACGACAAUUAGCGAGCUCAUUUGUCAGGUUAGAUAUUCGAAAGGAUAUUUUUAUGUGAAUGUGUUGUGCCCCGAUACUUUGAUCUUGUAGCGAAGCCUUUUGAUUUAGAUAUUAGCUUCAGCCUUUUUAUAUGUGCCCCUGUUACCUAAAUGUGGAACUUAAAGGAAAUCCUGCUUUCUAGGCGUAAAUAUUGGUUGAACUCAAAUUAAAGCCAGUAGAGAAAUGUAUACUUUGGGACUUAGAAACAACCGCUCAGAAGCUUUGAGGAGUAUUUAAAGCUCUGAAAGCUUCAGAUAAGCUAAAUCAGUGAACGAAUUAGUGAACACAUACAAAAUUUAAUUUCGGUUAGGGAUAGUUUUAUAGUUACCCGACUACCAAACUUAACUUUCCUAUCAGAGUAAAUUUAUGAAGCAAGUUUUAUCUACAUAUGUUUUAAGACAGCAUUAUCCAGAUUCCAAUUAAGCAGACGGUAUUAUGGUGUGAUGAAGUAAAAUAAAGCUUGAAAAGCUCAAAAGCACCUGAUGAGCACACGAUAAGUAGUUCCAGCUGCUUGCGGCUUUUUAUUGUUUGACAUCCCUUAAAGCUUCGUUCCAUCUGUUAAACUUUCGUUUCUUCCAUAGCAGAUUGAUAGCAGAUUGCAACAACGCCACCACAACAAUGAGCGACUAUAAGUAAUCUAGGUUAGGUUGUAUUGUCAAAUGUCCAUAGAAUGAGAGCAGAUCGUUGUGUAAUUGUAUUAGUUAUUCUAAAUAGGUGUUAACUUGAUAUCUGUAUGAAUUUAUGUGUUUAAGUGCUAAUAUGCAUACUGGAGAAUUGUUUAAUUUUAAACUAAUACUAAUUUAUUGUAAUGUGAUAUAAGUUAAAGCGUAUCUCGACGUGUAAGCAAAAUUAUAAAUGCAAAGUAGAUACUUAGUAGGAAAACAACAAACCAACAACAAGAAUAAAUAUAAUACGAAAUGACUUUUACAAAUAAAAACUAACAAAA